CCCCUAUUAAAAAUCAUUAAAAAUCAAAUUUUACAUAAAGUAUUCUUUGCUUGACUGGACCAUGAUCUGUUUUAUUCUGUUGCAGUGGGAAGAGGAAAGGAACUUUGGUGCAUCCCUAUUACUCCCAGGCCUAAAGCAAAAGAACUCAGUGGGGUUAAGUUCCCAGUUGUAUGGCUAUGCACUUCUUGGGAAGGUGGAGCUGCAGCGAGGGCUGCGGGCUGUGUACCAUAAUAUGCCUCUGCUGUGGCAACCUGGCUACCUUGACCGAGCCCUUCAAGUGAUGGAGAAGGUGGCCUCAUCCCCGGACGAUGGGAAGCUGUGUGCAGAAGCGCUGGCUGUGCUGGACGGCACACUGCAGGCGCUGACUGCUCCGGCCUCCGGAGCUUCGGAGGAACGGCCCCAGGAAGGGCAAGCCAGCCGGGGCUCCGAAGAGCUGCUGGAGCAGCUGGACAUGGAGGAGACAGAACAGUCCAAGCUCCCCCAGUACCUGGAACGAUUUAAGGACUUGCACUCCAAGCUUGAGGCCCUGGGCAGAGUUGAAUCAGAAAGCCUUUUGACUCUGACCGCCCAACUUAUGCAGGAACAGCUCCCCACCUGCGAAGCCCAGGACAUGGCAGCCUACGAGCAGAAGCUGCAGCACUGGCACCUGGAGCAGGCGCACUUGAUUCAGAGGGAACGGGAGCAGAGGGAGAGGGCAAAGCAGGAGCACGAGGCCCGGAGAGCAGCAAAGGCGUCUGCCUAGCAGGCCCACAGCGCCCCAGCCCCCACCACAAGCUUCCCUAGCCCCAUCCUGGGACUCACAGUGACCGUGGGGGCAGCCUCAGCCUCCUCCCUCUGGCCUCUCCUUUGCCUAAAGCAGGCUGUCUGCGGGAUCAGAGCAACGGUGGUCAAUGUAGUAAGGCACUGUGACUUCCCAUCACCUGCCGAGAACGGCUGCAGAACUGUGAAUGGCAAGUGGUCAGACUGAAGCCCCAGCUAAGCACCUUAAAUAAGGUGCUCUCGAGGCUUAUGGUGGGGUUUCUGGGGUCAGGGAUCAGUGUUGAACAUUGAAAAUUCCUAAUCCAUAGCGGUGGUGGAGGGAGAGGCCGUGUCGAGCACAGGCUUUUAAAUGGUCUCUGUCUCCUCGGUGGCAAACUGUGUACCCUGAGCCUCAUCCCGCUCUGUGUCCUCCCUGCCUGAGCUGGGUGUGGGAUGCCCACACGUCUCAGCUUCUCCUUCCCCCGUGUCUCUUCCCUGCAGACCGGAACUUGGGAGAAAUUGAGGACAGGAGUGAACACAGCACCAUGAACCCACUGGCUUUCAAAUUUCAGGCACCCACGGUGACAUUUUUAGAAUGGAAGGGCUUCUGAGGAGAAAGCUAGCUCUAGCUCUGAAGCCACGGCUUGGGUUCUCCAUCAUGUUGGGGUAACUUCUUUCCAAAACAUUCUCAGCUCCUUCCUCAAGGAGGUAAAGUGAGCCUUUUGUGUCCACACGUACAGCUUGUCAACACACAUUUCAGUUGGAGAAGUAGGAGAGAACAAGAGGCAGGAUGGGGCUUGUAGUACAUAGGAGACAUGUGUAACUGUGCAACCGUCAGGGGGUGGAAAUUCCUUCCUGAAGCUUCUCUGUGAAAGGGUCCAGGGGCAGCUCCUGCUUGCUAUGUAAUUUUGCUGUUACGUUCAGUGGUAAACUGUUAUUCAAGGUUGUGCUCUUUUAUCAAGAACCUGUGGAAAUAAAUGUUCUGGGAUUCUU